ACGAACGUUUUUGUUGUUGCGACCGUUUCGCGCGACGUCAUUUAUACGUUGAUUGUGUGACUAUAGAUGUUAUUUUUUGCCCGUUUUCUCGAAAAACGAACCGAACUGCGAAAGACGACGUCCGCCCGACAGACGAACUGAACACGAAACGCGAGCCGCCCGUGGACAUUCCGCCGUUGGAUUUGGUUUAUUAAAAGUUUCUCCAUUGGAAUCAGCUUUUUGUAACUCUUCGUUGAUAGAGUGAUAUCAACCCAAGAAAAAAAGACAUUAUUUUCAUAAGUGAAAUAAGUUUUCUAUAAUUUAACUUACAUUUUUAUAAAGAGAAAAGUGAAUACUUCAUGGUAUUUUUAUUAAAUGUUGGUUAUUUUUUUAUUUGUUGUAAAUAAUAAAGUCUAAGUAGACACGUUUUAGUGUUAAAAAGUGAUUGUUUUAUCAUAAAUUAAAACAAUUUUUUUUGUGUACACACGUUGGUUCUUUAGAACCUCAAAGAAGUUUAGAUGCUUGCUACAAAUCACAAUAACUCUGGGAUUAACCUCAAUAUGCCCAGCAAACAGUUAAAUAGAAUUAGCUUCGAAGGAAUAGAUGAUGCAGGGUGGAAGGCCAAACUUAAACUUCCUCCUCAAGAUCACCGGAUUAAAACAAGCGAUGUUACUUCAACUAAAGGAAAUGACUUUGAAGAAUUCUGUUUAAAACGAGAAUUAUUAAUGGGUAUAUUUGAAAAAGGUUGGGAAAAACCUAGUCCUAUUCAAGAAGCAAGUAUUCCAAUAGCACUUUCUGGCAAAGAUAUAUUGGCAAGAGCAAAAAACGGCACAGGAAAAACUGGUGCUUAUUCCAUACCUGUCCUUGAACAAGUGGAUCCAAAACUAGAUGUUAUACAAGCACUUGUGAUCGUGCCAACCAGAGAAUUAGCAUUACAAACUAGUCAAAUAUGUAUUGAGCUUGCAAAGCACUUGGACAUUAGGGUCAUGGUGACUACUGGUGGUACUAAUCUUAAGGAUGAUAUUCUUCGUAUUUACCAAAGAGUGCAUGUUAUUAUUGCCACUCCUGGAAGAAUAUUGGAUCUCCUAGACAAAAGCAUAGCUAAAGUUGAUCAUUGUCGGAUUUUAGUUUUAGAUGAGGCAGAUAAACUUUUGUCACAAGAUUUUAAAGGUAUGUUAGAUCAUAUAAUUUCGAGGUUACCAUCUGAGAGGCAAAUCCUCCUAUACUCUGCCACAUUCCCUCUGACUGUCAAACAGUUUAUGGAUAAACAUUUACGUAGUCCAUAUGAAAUAAACUUGAUGGAAGAGUUAACCUUGAAAGGAGUUACUCAGUAUUAUGCAUUUGUUCAAGAAAAACAAAAGGUUCACUGUUUGAACACUUUGUUCUCAAAGCUUCAAAUAAACCAAAGUAUAAUAUUUUGUAACUCAACACAGCGUGUAGAGUUACUUGCUAAAAAAAUUACUGAUCUCGGCUAUUGUUGUUAUUACAUUCAUGCUAAAAUGGCCCAAGCACAUCGUAAUCGUGUAUUCCAUGAUUUCAGAAAAGGAUCUUGCCGCAAUCUUGUUUGUUCCGAUUUAUUUACGAGAGGUAUUGAUGUACAAGCUGUAAAUGUUGUGAUAAACUUUGAUUUUCCCAAAAUGGCAGAGACGUAUUUGCAUCGUAUUGGUAGGUCAGGCCGAUUUGGACAUCUUGGUAUAGCCAUCAAUCUUAUCACUUAUGAUGACCGAUUUGCUUUACACCGUAUUGAACAAGAAUUAGGCACGGAAAUAAAACCUAUACCUAAAGUAAUUGAUCCAAGGUUAUAUGUUGCACGGCCAGAAGAUGUAGAUAUUAAUGAAGAAAUGGACCUUAGUAAAUGAAAAAUCCUUCCCCAACUAUUGUAAAUAUUUGUAUCUAAAACAAACUCAAUACCUAAAUACUUAACUUUAAGACUCAAAGAACCCAAGAUAUAUACAUUUUAUUUUUCAAUCGAUCCAAAGAAAAAUUUGAUUUAAAAACUAUUUGCAGUUCACUUAAAUUUUUAUUUCUAUUUCGUAAAUUCAUAACUAAAAUCUCUUCUCUUGUUUUUUUUUUUAUUAUUAGUAUUAUUUUAUUUUCAUUUCACAAGAAAUUUAUGUUGCCUUGCAUGGUAGUACUGUAUCUCGUUAAGGUGACUUAACUUCUUGGAUCAAGCCUUUCGUGUUCAGUACUACAUACUUGCCACAUUGGCAAUAAAAUAUGUAUAUAUUUAAGAUAAAAACAAAUACCCUCGCUGUUGUCCGAUAUAUUGUACAUAAGAGUAUAUUAUUUAUUAUAUUUAAAAACAUUAAAAUUUAUUGCUAUUGAAUUAGCGAAAAGAUCUCUUAUGCAAGUGCGGCUAUUAACAAUUGAUCCAAAUUGUGAGCUGAGAAUACAGCUAUCUCAGUUCCAGUACGAAAUAACCAACUACUAAAAGCUGGAACCCGUCCUACAAAAUUGUUUUCUUAGUAUUGGUUUAUGAAAACAUUCACUUCAGCCCGAUUGUUUUCUUACCAAUUUAAUUUUUUCUGGUAUAAUUUUGGACGGUAAAAUUUUAAUUACUAUUUAUGUAAAUGACUUAAUAAAUAAAUCUUUCAAAAAUUUGUUUCAUAUUCAUAAUUUGACUUGGGAUUUCAGGGCUGAAGUCAAAUUAUGUAUGGGGGGGAAAAUUUGUUAAAUUUUAUUUUUUUCUUAAUGAAAUAACUAAGUACCAUUUUUGUUUCAAGACUUAGAAACUAAAUUAAAAAUUAAAAUAAAAUCCUUAUUAUAGUUCGACAAAGUUUGGUACUUGAUUUUCUUUUUCAAAAAAUAAAAUAUGGUGUUAGCGUUGCUGCGUUAAUUAGGAGUUAUAUUACUGCUACAUCGAAAAAAAAAAUAUAAAAUAUCAUAAAAAAUGGUUGUAAGUUACAAACAAAUUUUAUUUUACUGAAUUAAAGAUCAAUAUUUUAAUCAAAUCCGCCUACUGUUGUUACAGUUAAAAUUAUAUUUGUUAAUAGAGCCAAAUUCUAUUAGACUUUCAAUAAAAUAUUUUAAUUUAACUAACAUAUGUAAUUUUUAUAUCAACUAUAAAUCUCGUUACCCGUUUAAUUAGUGUAUAACAUAUUAUUUUCUCUAUUAUGUAUUAUUAAAAUUCACUGUGUAUCCAACUAUUUUCAUGUCAAAAAAAUUUAUUGUUAUAUACAAAUUUUGUGUAAAUUUGUAAAUGGAUAAAAAAAAUGAAUUGAUAACAAUUAAAUAAAUCCAACUUUCAACCACCA